AUGCCGCCAUUACUGUCCCCCAAGGGAUUGUCGCUAAGCUUGGAGGACCACCUCCCGUCAUGUGCGAUACUCUGCAGGGGGCUGACCUGCAGCUCUGUGUCCUUUCAGCAUCCAGUGACCGAUCAGUCAGUGAUCCUGUCCCUAAGCCUGUCAGACCUGACAGCGAAGCUGAGAGAUGGAGAGCUCUCCCCUGAGAUGGUUCUGCACACCUACAUGACCAAGGCGUUGGACGUGACCCAAGACCUGAACUGCAUCACUGACUUCCUGCCAGAAUGUGAGCUGCAGCUGCGAAGACUCCAGGAGCAGACAAGCAGGGGGCCACUGUACGGGGUCCCCAUCAGCCUGAAGGAUAAUUAUAGUUGCAAGGGUCAUGACGCCACAUUGGGGUUAAUUAGGAAUCUGGAACGCCCGGCCCCAGAAGACUGCGUUAUUGUCCAGGUGCUAAAGAAGCAGGGAGCGGUGCCGUUUGUGAAAACCAACAUCCCGCAGUCCAUGCUGAACUAUGACUGCAGUAAUCCCAUCUAUGGACAGACCCUGAAUCCCCUGAACCACAAGAGGACCCCGGGGGGCUCAUCUGGAGGGGAGGGGGCGCUCAUCUCAGCACAAGGCUCCAUCCUGGGCUUUGGCUCAGACAUUGGAGGAAGUAUCCGCUUCCCGAGCGCCUUCUGCGGAGUCUGCGGCUUCAAACCGACAGGAAACCGACUCAGUAAAAUUGGCCUCACAUCAAGCUGCCCCGGACAGAAAUCAGUCACAGCAAUGAUUGGACCAAUAGCGCGAGACGUGGACAGUCUGGUGACCGCCAUGAGAUCCUUGUUGUGUGAGGAUAUGUUUCAGAUGGACCCCACCGUCCCUCCGAUCCCCUUCAAUGAGGAGGUUUUCUCUAGCACGCGGCCUCUACGCAUUGGAUAUUAUGAGACGGACGACUCCACCAUGGCCACGCCCUCCAUGAGACGCGCCGUCCUCGAGACCAAGGAGCUCCUGGAGAAAGCCGGACACGAGGUGGUGCUGUUCACUCCACCGUCAGUGGAACGCUCGCUGUAUGAGCUGGCAUUGAGGGGGCUGCUGGCCGACGGGGGCGCCACCUUCCUGGACAACUUCAAAGGCGAUCUCGUGGAUCCCAACCUGAGGAGCCAGGUCACCACCUACAGCAGUCCAUCCUGGCUGAAGAGCUUACUGUCCGUCCUGGUCAGGCCGCUGUUUCCCAGACUCUCGAUGCUCCUUGAGAACACGCGAGGAAUGAGUUCGGUGAAGGAGCUGUGGAGGCACCAUGUGGCGGUGGAGGCGUACCGGCAGGAGUUCAUCGCCCGCUGGACGGCACGGGGCCUGGAUGCUCUUAUCUGUCCUAUUCUGGGUCCUGCUCCGACCAUCGGAUCUCCUGGAAAGCUGUCAAGUGCCGUGUCCUACACCAUCCUCUACAAUCUGGUGGACUUCCCAGCUGGCGUUCUCCCCGUUACCACAGUGACCAGUGAGGAUGAGGAGGCCCUGAAGAAGUACGAAGGUCAUCACAAGGACGCCUUUGACGCACUUCUCAGAAAGGCCGUGUCAGACAGCGUGGGCCUCCCUGUGGCCCUACAGUGCGUGGCCCUUCCCUGGCAGGAGGAGCAGUGUCUCCGUCUAAUGAAGGAAGUGGAGAAGAUUACCCAAAUGGAGAAAAGAUUAUAAACUGGGAGAACUGGGAUUGUCCGAGAUGCCAGUGUGACCAAGGAUUUCUCCAAUCUAAUAAAGCGUAGCUCUAAGGGCGCUAAGAUAUAUGCAAACCUGUCCUUCUCUCCGGCUGCACCUAUAAAGGCUUUCACACUCAUUUUUGCACAUGUUGUUGAUCACCCAUGCAAUUUUUUUCAGAAUUAAUAAACACAAAUUUGGGCUCA